UUGGUAGUUGGUAAUUGGUGUUGAAGAUUCGUGUGUGCUGACGAACUUAUGCUAGAGUCACGCAACUGUUGUUUUCACACAGGCCAUUACUCUACCAAGCUUUACUGUAUUUGACCAUCUCAAGGGCUUUUGGAAUUUACAAAUUUUGAUCUAAAGGAAAAUGAGACAGCUACUUUCUAUUAUCCUUUCCAACGUUAUUCUGAGCGAGCUUUUUCUCCUCUCGCUCUGUUAUACGGACGUCUGUCCUGCUGUUGAAGAACCAGACACGAAAUAUUUCGACCUUCGACUCCCUGAAACACGAAUCCCAGCCAAGUCAACAUUUUAUGUGUGCAAACAAUUUGAGUUACCGGAAGUAGAGGAUGACUACCAUGCCGUUGCCUUUGAACCAAUUAUCAACAACACCGGCAUUCUCCACCACAUGCUCCUAUUCUCGUGUUCUGACGACAGCGUUGAAACGCAACCCCACGAGUGUGGCUCCUAUGAUAACCAACAAUGUGGGAGCUGGUUGACAGUAUGGACGAUAGGGCUAAAGGAGAGACAAAUCUGCACCUACCCGGAUACCGGCGUAAAAUUUGGCAAGAAUUCCAUCAAGUAUAUGUCCUUGCAGAUACAUUGGCACAACGAUAAGCUGAGGGAGAAUCUCGUAGAUACCUCUGGGAUAAGAAUAUUCUACACAAAACGACUAAGGAAAUACGAUGUUGGGAACGUCCAGAUUGGCCAGAAUAAUCUUGUCAUUCCUCCAGGAGGUGACGCCUAUGCACAGUCUGGUUCAUGCAUGCCGGAAUGUACCAGAGACAUUCUUCAACAUCCCAUCUACCUCACUCGAACUGCCCUCCAUAUGCAUUUCACUGGUAUUCGCGCAAUGCUGUCUCAAUACAGAAAGGGUAGACUGGUGAGAGAAAUCGCCUAUGACCCGAAGUACAAUUACGAAGCACCUCCAAUUCAUUACCACGAUCCUCCAGCAAGGAUUCUCCCAGGUGAUGAAGUUCGGAUGACCUGUUGGUUCGACACGAAAAAUGGAGAAAGGAAACGAAAUGGAACUGUGUAUUUCGGUGAAGGCGCUUUGGAUGAGAUGUGCUACGCUUUCGUCAGCUAUUUUCCUCGCCUCGAACAUUUCGACCAGUGCAUACAGUUUGAUGAAUUCAACUCUUGUAAAGCAACUGGCAACAUAGGGUCUUGUGAAACCGACGUCUUCGCUGACAAGGCCGACAUUGAGCUUUUCCCCGCCAUUGAUAAAGCCUGUCGUGAGGACGUGUGCGGAGAGGAAUGUAUGGAGCGUGUUCAUAGCCUAAUGUCCGAAGACUGUAUGAAGGGCAACAUUGGUGGUUACAUCAGGCGGAAUAUCAUCAGUCAUCUGUCACUUGGAGAGGAGAUAGAAGGAUUCAUCGCGAAGCAGAAGACAUGCUCGAGGGGUGCCUAAAGUUGUUUCUUAAAGCAUCUUAAAAAUAAUAGGCUGGUGUUGUAAAUUCAUUGCUCCUGUUAAAUGGAAUACAAUUUCGUUUACUGGCUAUGUACCUAAGCGUGAAGGCAUUUGGGACAGUCAAAAUUUCAUGUUCAGAUGACGACGAGUUGGCCAGGGGUGACUUUGUUCCGUUUUAAUAUGGCUAAAGUUUAAACAAUUGAUACAAAAUCAUUGCUCUUAUGCUAGUUAAUAUCAGCAUGUAUUUAUUAAAUCCAUAUGUCAGUUAGAGAAUGGCCCUGUGAUAGGUAUGCCGAGAGUGAAUAAAUAAGCUCCUGCUUUGUUUACAACGAAACAUUUUAUUCACUGUACCUUUUAUAAAACAACAUGUUUGUGCUAAACAUACAAUAGCGAUAUAUUGCCUAUGUAAUGUGUUUACAGUUAUCAACAUGGUAAUACUUAUAAUGCUUAUAAUAUAAUACAACCAAUAUAUGAACGAGUUCAAGGAAAACAAUCUUACAGUUCUAGAUACUUACAAUAAAAUUAGGCUAUUAACCGCCGUACGUGCUAUCAA